CCCAACAAUCCCAAUAAGUAACACUCGCGAAAAGGAAACCUCAAAAUCCCGCAGCCCAAGCAGGCAGCGAUAGCAAUGGCCUCCAACUCCCUCCCUCCGUAAACAGCAAAUACAAAUCCCUCCACAAAAUGCAAUCCCAUUUUGCCCUUCCUUUCCAUCUCUAUUUCCCAAUUCCUUCCUCUCCUUCUCUUUCCACAACUCUCGUCGGAGCCAACCAUACCUCUGCUCGCUUCUGCUCCCGCUAAUCCACCUCCCUCUCUUCGUAUCGUCUUCUGCACAUUUAUAUAUUUUUUCUUUUGGUAAUCAAAAUCAGACUACAAAAGAUACACUUCAAACAGGGAAAAGCCCCCCUUUUUGAUUGCCUGUUCUCUGUAUAGUUACUACUCCCAUGGAACCUACUACAGGGAAGCCGAGCCUUUUGAGGAAUAUUCUGGCGCGUGCUCUUCUUUUUGGUGUAUUCGUCAUAGUCGUCCGAUUCGCUUAUGUGGUUACCAUCACCGGCGAAUCUUGCAAUCUCGGAGACUUCUGCUUCUUCUCCUUGCCGCAGAAUCUCAACUUCGUCCUUUCCGGCACCGGAGUCUUCGCUAUCGUCGGAAACGACGCCCUUCCCCGAUCUAAUCCUCGCAGUGAUCUCUACACCAGCAAAGAGUGGGUCAAGGCUGUCCAUUUCUAUUCUUCGGUUUUCCAAGAUCUGAUAUCUGAGGGUUACCUCUCGCCUCACUCUAAGUCUCUCUGCGUAGAGACUCCCUUCGGACAGGAAGUUUUCGCCUUGAAAGAGAUUGGCGUGGAGGACCCCAUCGGGAUUUUCAAGAAAGCGGCCAGGCCUUUGGUAAUUAAAGGGGAGGGGCAUCAAAUACCGUUCGAUGCUAAUACUUUUGACUUCAUAUUCUCUGGCGGUGCCCGCCUCGACGUAUCAGCUCGACCGUCAGAUUUUGCAUCAGAGAUCGCUCGGACCCUGAAACUCGAAGGGUUUGCGGUGGUCCACAUCAAGGCCAAUGAUACGUAUAGUUUCAAUUCUUUUCUUGAUUUGUUCAAUUCUUGCAAACUAGUUAAAAUGCUUGACAUUGAUGGUUUUGAUUCAUCAAUGCCUUAUAUUAGAGAAAUUGUUUUGAAAAAAGAGAUUGAAAUUCUUGACCAUGGGGAAAGAAAGAUUCUCGAUGGUGACUCUGAUAAUAAGUGCUCCGUUCCGGAGCAUAAACGGGAACUAGUCCAGAAGGCGGAGCCGCUGAUUGAGGAGGAGCCCUUAAAGCCAUGGAUUACCUUGAAAAGGAAUAUAAAGAAUGUAAAGUAUUUGCCAUCAAUGGUUGAUAUAAGUUUCAAGAAUAGGUAUGUUUAUGUUGAUGUUGGGGCUAGGAGUUAUGGUUCUAGUAUUGGAAGCUGGUUCAGGAAACAAUAUCCCAAACAGAACAAAACCUUUCAUGUCUAUGCUAUUGAGGCUGACAAAGCUUUUCAUGAACAAUAUGAAUCGAAGAAGAAGCUGGUUACAUUGUUGCCAUAUGUAGCAUGGGUUAGGAAUGAGACACUGUCUUUUGAGAUUAAUCGUGAUCCUGGCCAGGAAGAAGUGAAUGAGCUUAAGGAUAAAGGCAGAGGGAUGGGCAGAAUUCAACCUGUGAAAUCGAGCCAAGGUGAACUAAAUGAUGUGGUUGAUGAGAUUCAGGGGUUUGAUUUUGCAGACUGGUUGAAGAGCACUGUUAGGGAGAGGGAUUUUGUGGUGAUGAAGAUGGAUGUUGAAGGAACUGAAUUCGACUUGAUACCGAGGUUGUUUGAAACGGGAGCAAUCUGUCUGGUUGAUGAGAUUUUCCUUGAAUGCCAUUAUAAUAGGUGGCAGAGAUGUUGCCCUGGUCAGAGGAGUACAAAAUAUGAGAGGAAUUACGGCCAAUGCUUGGAACUGUUUACUUCCCUCAAAGAAAGUGGUGUGCUUGUUCAUCAGUGGUGGUGACUCGUAGCAGCUCUGCAUGUUCUGUAAUGUUUUUUCUUCUCCCCUUUAGAGCCCAUAGUUUUUUCUUUUUGAUGUUUUUUAUUGUCUAGUUUCCCUUUUUGUUUCAUUUAUUGUCCAGAUUCCUAUAUUUAAGAGAUGUAGCUGCAAAUGAAAAUUUAUCACAUAGUUGCCUGUCUCAUUGUUCUUCCUUAAGUCUUAGUUUGCGCAUUUAGGCCUUAAAAGUGUACAUAUAACAGUUUUCUGUGCUUUUAGCAUGCAAUUGAUUUCUGAAUUCUUUCUGAUUCAAGAUUUCAUACAUUUGGUUUUUGACAGAAUCUCUCCCUGACAAAUGUCUAGGAGCAUGUCACGUGUAUAGUUUUAUUAUAUGAUUUAUGCUAACCGGGAAGUUUAUGCUAUUUUAAUACGUCUAGAAGCUGGCAGUUGAUUUCUUACUAGUGGCAUCUAGAGAUUGAGUUGCAUUGAAAGUUUUGGGCGACGGAAAAUGUUCAUCUUGAAGCUACUAUAUGCAGAUCCUGCAUGAAACCUUUUCUUCUGUCAUUACAUCUAGGUACAGCCUGGUCCAUGAGUAGCACGUACUAGUUUGCUGGAGACCAUUUUUAUGGAGAUUGGUUAAAUAUCUUGGGAGCUCACUCCCUUUCAUCAAUUCAAGGUCUUCGUUAAUGCUUUGAAGCCUAUUUUUUGUUUUUCAUUGUGGUAUACAGCAUUAUAUUAUUUCAGCAUUAUUUUUUAUUAUUUAAAAAUCCUGAAUGUGAUAUCGAUGAAUGUGUACACUUUUAUAGAUGUAAAAGUUUGAUGCAUGAAAUGUACAAUCCAAGAUAGAGUACAUCGGUAUACGAAGCACAACUGUUAAUUCUGAAUGGGAAGAAAAUUUCAUCCAUUUUUACUUUUGAAUGAGAGAAAGUCACAUUAGUGUAGACUUGUCAACUUAAAGAAAAGUAUUAAAGAUGUGUAUUUACUUAUUCACGCAAAAUAUUACUACCAUAUCUUGGAUGUAACGAAAAGAUCCCUUCCCUCAAGUCCUGCGUCUAUUGCUGCCUUUGAUUGCAUGGCCGCCAACCUGAAGGAAGAAAGAAAAUUUCAAAGAGAUUUGCUUGUCGGGCA